AUGAUCUUCGAUCCUAGCCCUAUCGAGCUGCCAUCUUCUUACGAGAAGAUUCAGACAACUGGCCAUGUUGUCGUCUCUCACUACCCAUCGGGAACACCUACAGUCACCCCCGUCGUCGUCGUAACGCUGAACCGCCCUGCGAACCAGAAUGCAUUCACCGGGCAAAUGGUCAUAGAUUUCGAGAAGCUCUUCCCCAUGUUCGACGUCGACGAGCGCGUGAAAGUGAUUGUGUUGACCGGCGCUGGAAAGACGUUCUGCGCCGGUGCAGAUCUCGAUAUUGGAUUCAAUUCAGGAAAGAAGAAGGAGCGGAAUUUGGAUCAUCGAGACGGUGGCGGACGAGUGGCACUAGCCAUUCACAGAUGCCGCAAGCCAACGAUUGCAGCCAUGCAAGGCUCAGCUGUCGGAGUCGGGAUGACCAUGACUCUUCCGGCGAUUAUCCGCAUCGGAUACGAGAAAGGCAAAUAUGGCUUCGUCUUCGCCCGACGAGGCAUAACUAUGGAAUCCUGCUCCUCAUAUUUCCUCCCUCGUCUCGUCGGCCACUCAAACGCCAGUUACCUCGUCAGCACCGGUGCCGUCUUCCCACCAACAUCCAAGCACUUUGGUGACCUGUUCAACGAGACGCUGCCUGAUCCGUCGCAGGUUCUACCACGAGCUCUCGAGCUAGCUACCGAUAUUGCGGAGAACGUGAGCCCGUCUGCGUCGUAUCUCAAUCGGGCACUUUUGUGGCGCGAUACUGGGUCCGCGGAGGGUGCUCAUCUUGUUGAAUCGCAUGUUAUCACGCACAUUUUUGGUGCAGCGGACCAGAAGGAGGGCGUUACUGCGUUCUUCGAGAAGCGGAAGCCAAAUUUCAAGGCUAAUCUGGAUGAUAACCCACCACCAAAUGUGCCAUGGUGGACAGAGGUCGACACUGGCCGAAGUCCUAAAGCCAAGGUGAUUUCGAAGCUGUAA